CGAGUCUUCACCUGUACCUAGAUAAACCCAACUCCGCCCAUGAUCCACGUGGGGUCAGCAUCUCACCCCCUCACUUUCUCACCAUCUCAUCUCAGCAUGCCACAAGCAACAUUUGGCUUCCGGGUGCUCGCCAGCUUGGUGCACGCCUACAACUCACUCCGUUACGGUCGUAACAGCAUGGAGGCCCUUAUGGGCCAGGCUAUGAAAGAUAACGCGACAUUGCAGAAGACGUCGGUGCCGUGGAACGACGAUGAGCCGCAUCCGCAAUCCUGGUACACAUUCGACUCGGCGACUUCUUCCUGGGCUUCAAAAACGUCGUCAGACGAUAAGGCUCAAACUGUAAAUACUGGCGGAAUCAACACCAUCGCCCUCUACAGCUGGAACAUCGACUUCAUGCUUCCCUUCGCCGAAGCCCGUAUGAAGCCAGCACUCGCCUACCUCGGUAAUCUGAUAGCCUCCAGCCCGCCUAACAAGGCUCCCGUCAUCUUCCUUCAGGAGUGCACGCCCUCUGACUUGACCACUAUCGCCUCCACGCCGUGGGUCCGGGAACGAUUCCAUCUGAGCGACUUGGACGCAACCAACUGGGCGACCUCUCUCUACGGCACAGUGACGCUCAUCGACUCCCGCCUACCCAUCACAGCGGCCUUCCGUGUACACUACUCCAAGACUCGCAUGGAUCGCGACGCCUUCUUCAUCGACGUGUCUCUCGAGGGCAAGCCCGUCCGCCUAUGCAACACCCACCUCGAGUCCAUGGCCCUCAACCCGCCCUUCCGCCCGCCCCAGAUGCAGAUCGUGGCGGAAUACCUGCGCGAGGAAAAGGUCCAUGCCGCCCUGGCUGCGGGAGACUUCAACGCCAUCCAACCGUUCGACCGCACGUUGCACACGGAUAAUGGCCUGAAGGACGCGUUCCUGGAGCUGGGCGGAAAGGAGGAUAGCGAGGAGGGCUAUACCUGGGGUCAGCAGGCCGCGACCAAGCUCCGAGAGAGGUUUGGGUGUUCGAGGAUGGACAAGGUCUACUUCUGUGGCGGCGCUGAGGUGGUCAAGUUCGAGAGGUUUGGUGCGGAUGUGUUGACCGAAGGAGAGGAGGAGAGCAGUCAGAUCGUCGCCCUUGGCUUUGAGAAAGCGUGGGUGACGGACCAUCUCGGUAUCAAGGCCGAGGUAAAUAUUACCGCGGAAAAGAACGCGACCCGUGUCUAGAGUCGUCGACGAAGGCAGUUGUAGAACUAAUAGAAGAACUGGAAGCAUUGAGUUUGAAA